AUGAAGAGGAAGAUUCGAGAGCACGAGUUGGAGCUGGUGCGGCAAGCGUUGGGAGAUCAGGAGCAAUUGCCCAAGGAGCAGGUGACACAUCUCUUCCGCGACCUGGGCUACGUCCUGUGGGACGCGCAGGCCAUCGCCGAGGCCGCGCAGGAGGCGCAGAUCCAGGAAGAUCAGCUGGAUCUCAGCAAUUUAUGGCGCCUCUUGCUCAUGUAUCGACAACGUGAAGGCAUGCGUAACAGCGAGCUGGAGUCUAUUGAUGCCGCGUUUCGAGAAGAAGACCUGGAGGGCACAGGCGAGCUGACUGCUCUCGAAGUGCCUACGGCCAUCCGUUCGCUGGGUUAUCAGGUGAGUUUCGAGGCAAUGCAAAGCGUUUUGCGACAGGUAGACGUGAACGAUUCGGGUGGCGUGGAUAAGAUGCAGUUCCGCAAGGUGGUGCGGAUGCUGCAGGAGUGCGACGCGCAGCUCUUCCUCCAAGCCUUCGACGAUGAAGAUCUGGCUCGGUUGCAGGCGAUCACGUUUCCCAGCGCCAUCCAAGCCUUCUGCACUACUGGCCUCCAGUCCCAAAGUUUGGACCUGCCGGAGUUCAACGAUGAUGGCAUGCUGGUGCGUCGCGACGACUUCGUGAGGUCCUGUGCGGCGCACGCGCAUCAGGUGCGUGAAGCCAUCAAGCGAAAUGGUGGAUGGACAGAUCCCGAAGUGAAUUACUUGAAGCUCUUCUUCCGAAAGUAUGAUCUGGACAGGAACGGACGGACACCUGGCAUCAUUUGCUGCUGAAAGAAGGUGGUGG